UAAAAAGUAUAUCUUAAUCCUGAUGAAUUUGGUUUAUUCGGUUACCCAGCAAUGUGAAAGCGAACUUGGGUAAGAAGAUUGGACAACAAAGUCUGAUGGAGAUUUUCUUUAUAUUUGUUUAACUAGUUAAAUUACUGUUUUCUUGCGCCAUGAAAAACGAGUCUCAGAUCUCAAUAAUAAUAAUGAUGAUGAUGAUGAUAUUGUUGAUGAUGAGAUUCUUUGUUAUCCGAAGAAAGGCGGAAGAAGAAGAAGAAGCAGGCUGCUCAGUUUUAGUGUUUUAGGACAGUAGAAAUACUUAAAAUUGCUGAGAAGAAGAAGAUUUCAGGAUAAAAAAUGGAGUCUUUGCUUGGGAAGAUUUUCAAUCUUAUCCUUAAGUAGCCGAUGGAGAAGGCAGAUAUUUACCAGUAUAAAGCAUCAUCUGGGAGAGUGAUGAGGUAAGCCUCAGGGUCAGGGCUCAGCCUACUUAAGUAAGCUCCAAACCCAUCCUGGCUUCUCAGAAACAUAACUACUUUGCAUCAAUCCAGCAUCUUUAAUUUCCUUAACCCCCAAACAGCAGCUUUUCUCCCAUCAUGUCUAAUUGAUUGAAUCUCCAAUUGACCCGCGCACCCACACGUGCAUAUAUAUAUAUAUUUAGUUGCUUCUCUUUCUUUCUCUCUGCCUGAGGGAUGGGUGACCGGAAGACCCAGAACAUUGGAGUUUCCGGCCAGCCUCCGAUGGACAUUCCGCCGGCCUUGGCACCUCCGCAGAAGCCGAAGCGGAACAAGUUCGCCUUUGCUUGUGCUUUUUUGGCAUCCAUGACUUCCAUCUUGCUGGGUUACGAUAUUGGUGUUAUGAGCGGAGCAGGAAUCUACAUCCAACGUGAUCUCAAGAUCUCGGAUCUCAAGCUCGAGAUCUUGAUGGGAAUCCUCAACGUCUACUCCCUUUUCGGCUCAGCCGCCGCCGGUCGGACUUCCGAUUGGAUUGGUCGUCGCUACACCAUCGUUCUUGCCUCCGCAAUCUUCUUCAUAGGAGCCCUUCUCAUGGGCUUCGCCACCAACUAUGCAUUCCUCAUGGUUGGUCGCUUCGUUGCUGGCAUCGGCGUCGGUUAUGCUCUCAUGAUUGCCCCCGUCUACACCGCUGAGGUCUCCCCCGCCUCCUCCCGCGGCUUUCUCACCUCCUUCCCUGAAGUUUUCAUCAACGCCGGUAUAUUGUUGGGUUAUGUUUCGAACUAUGGAUUCUCAAAGCUUCGGUUAAACUUGGGGUGGCGGUUCAUGCUCGGCGUCGGAGCUAUUCCAGCGGUGUUCUUGGCCGUGGGUGUUUUAGCCAUGCCGGAAUCCCCUCGGUGGCUGGUCCUAAAAGGCCGGCUUGGUGAUGCCAGGAAAGUUCUCGACAAGACGUCCGACUCUAAAGAGGAGGCUCAGCUCCGGCUAGGCGAUAUCAAGGAAGCCGCUGGGAUCCCGCCAGAGUGGAACGACGACGUCGUUAAGGUGCCGAAACGGAGCCACAAGGAUGCCGUCUGGAAGGAGCUCCUCCUCCACCCGACUCCCGCUGUUCGACACAUCCUCAUAUGCGGCGUCGGAAUCCAUUUCUUCCAACAAACCUCCGGCAUUGAUGCCGUUGUGUUGUAUAGCCCGAAGAUAUUCGAGAAAGCUGGUAUAAACGAUGACACUGACAAGCUACUCGCCACAAUAGCCGUCGGAUUCGUGAAGACCGUAUUCAUCCUGGUGGCCACGUUUUUGGUGGAUCGGGUCGGGCGAAGACCGUUGCUCCUAAGCAGCGUGGGGGGAAUGAUUGCCUCCGUCGCCACCCUCGGAGUAGCGUUGACGGUCAUUGACCAUUCCUCAAAGAAGGUGCCGUGGGCCGUCGCCCUGGCGAUCGUCAUGGUGCUAGCCUAUGUGGCGACGUUCUCGAUCGGGUUGGGGCCCAUUACGUGGGUCUACAACUCGGAGAUUUUUCCGCUGCGGUUGCGAGCACAAGGGACUAGCAUUGGGGUGGCCGUGAACCGCGUGAUGAGUGGUGUGAUCUCGAUGACGUUCAUCUCGCUCUACAAGGCGGUCACGAUCGGUGGGGUCUUCUUUCUCUUCAUGGGAGUGGCCAUAAUUGGUUGGAUUUUCUUUUAUACGCUGCUUCCAGAAACACAAGGCAAAACCCUCGAGGAGAUGCAGCACCUGUUCGGAUCCUUCUUUAAGUGGCGAUCCACCGCCAGGGAACUGGAGAAGAACAGGAGAGUUGGCGGCGAUGGUACCGGUAACGGCCAUAUCCAAAUGGGAACCACUAAUGGCUGAUUAGUACAUAUUAGGUUUUUGUAUUGUGAGGGGUAGUUUUUUUAAUUUAGUUUGGCAAUUACGAAGGGCAAUAAAGUCAUUUGGAGGAUUGCUGUGCUACUGCUGCAGCUAUCUGUUUGAGCUCCCAUAUCCUGGCCUUCUGAGAAUUUAGCAAUGUCAAUGUGAUAUAUAGGACUUGAAAAAGCAAGAGAUGGGCUCCCAAUAUAUAUAUGUGUUGAAAAAGGACAGAACUAGUGGUAAUUAUUAAACGCCAAAGUCUUGAUGAAUGACAUGCAAAUUGCUAGACAUCUCGGUUGGGGCUGGCUGGCUGGCUUAUGUA